UUCUAGUGUGCUCGUGCGCUUCAAUUUUCUAUAAAAGGCCUCCCUGCAAAACCACCUUCAAUCUUCACACUUGUAUUUUCAAUAUUAUCAAUGGCGAGCGGCAGCGGAUCUCCGUGCGGCGCAUGCAAGUUCCUCCGGCGGAAAUGCGCGGCGGACUGCGUGUUCGCGCCUUAUUUCUGCUCGGAGCAGGGCCCCGCGCGGUUCGCCGCCAUACACAAGGUGUUCGGCGCCAGCAACGUGUCGAAGCUGCUUCUGCACGUGCCUGCCGCCGACCGCUGCGAGGCCGUCGUCACCAUUGCCUACGAAGCCCAGGCCAGAAUCAGAGAUCCUGUCUACGGCUGCGUUGCUCAUAUCUUCGCCCUUCAACAACAGGUGGCAUAUCUGCAAGCGCAGGUGAUGCAGGCGAAAGCGCAGCUAGCACAAAACGUGAUGCGGAAUGGUGAUCAGAAUCAAUGGAAUUGCGGUGCAAUGGGGCCAUUUCCGGCAGCGAAUUACAGUAAUUUCUACUCGAGCAUAUCGCCUCAGAGCUCACUGGACUCGAUCGACCAGCAAGAAACCCAAAGCAGAGAAGAUAUUGAGCACUACUACACCAAGAAGAGACCUUCUCAGACUGAUCUCAGCGAGCUCCAAGCGCUAGCUCUCAGAAUGAUCAACAAUCAAGAUUGAUUAUUUACUUUUGUGUAAUGUUGUUGGGAUAACUGAUGAUCCAUAUAUGAUGAUGCUCACUGGCUAAAAUCUCUUCGAAUUGGGGUUUGUAUAUAAUGGAAAAUGAGAGAGGCAAUUAUAUAUAUAUACAUACAAUGAUUUCAGUCCUCUCUUUGCAGAGAUAUAGGAUAGUGCUAGUAUAUG